AGUAUAGAAAACAUCAAAGUUUCCCGCCUCUUCGCUUCCCUUUUGUUCCUUUUCUCUGCCUUCUCGUCUUUAACAAAAAGAAAAAAGAAAACUUGUCUUCUUUUCACAAAUGAUCGCAGCUCUGUUCUUAACGAAUCCAAGAUCCGCUUUGCACGAAACCGGAAAAGAGAGAGAGGAAAAGGGAAGAACAAGCUGACCCAACUGCGUCGAUUAACCUGCCAAAGCUUUUGUUUUUCGUUUGUUUUCUGAUUCAUUUUCAGAAGUUGCUGGUGGUUUUUCUCAAAAUGGGCAGAGCAGUCAGGUGGCUCAAGGGUUUGUUCGGGAUCAAGAAGGGUAAAGAAGUCAAGGACGCUGCCGACCGCCGCGUCCGGGGCCUGUGCGGCAACCCGGCGACAAUCCCGCCGAAUAUAUCGGCGGCCGAAGCCGCCUGGCUGAGGUCGUUCUGCGAAGAGGAGCACGAGGAGGAGCAGAGAAAGCACUCGAUCGCGGUGGCCGCAGCCACCGCGGCGGCGGCGGGGGCGGCGGUGGCGGCGGCUCAGGCGGCGGUGGCCGUCGUUAGGCUCACUAGCCGUGGCAGGAGCUCCGUGCUCGGCGGCGGCCAGAGGUGGGCCGCUGUGAAGAUUCAGGCUAAUUUCAGGGGAUAUUUGGCAAGAAAGGCGCUGAGAGCGCUGCGAGGGCUUGUGAAGCUACAGGCGGUGGUGAGGGGCUAUAUGGUGAGGAAGCAAGCCACUGCUGCAUUCCACUGCAUGCAAUCUCUCUUCCGAGCUCAGGCCACCGUCCGUUCCCGCCGAGCUCGCGCUCCACUCGCCGUCCCCGAAGUUUCCACAGCCCGCCGAGCCCCGGGCGCGACAAUCCACGGAGAGAUUGGAUGAUGCAGGAAGUGAAUCCACAGCAUCUCUUCAUAGCAGGAGGCUCUCCCCGUCUCUCGACACCGCAACAGUCAUCGCCACCGCCGAAGGAAGCCCAAAGAUCGUGGAAGUUGACA